AUGGAUAAGAACAAAAAGGUUUGUGGACCCUUGCCAAAGGUAGAAUGUGCUAGGGUAUUCAGUGCCCGUGGAUGCAACCUUUGUUUAACUAUUCUUAAUGGAUCUAAUGCGGUUGACAGUCAUCGAAAAACAUGUCAGUUCUCCCGGACAAACCUGGGUUCUCCCAACGACAUCCUCUCCCAAGUGUCCAACCUGGGUAUAAACAGUGAUGGAAAAACAAGAGGACCUCAAGCAUUUGCAUUAGCUUGCAAAAUGGUUGGGGGAGGAAGUGAUGGAUCACUAAAUCUUUGUGCAAGAGUGUGCCUUAUCGAUGAGGAUCAAAGGAUCAUACUUCAGGCUUAUGUUAAGCCACUCAUUCCGGUCACUAACUAUCGGGAUUCAAACGCAAUGCAACUGAGGGACGUGCAAAAGAUCAUCCAAGAUUUCUUGUGCAAUGGUGAGCCUAUAUGGAAGAUAGGUUCAUCAAAAGGCACUGGAAAAGCAAGGAUACUUGUAGGUCAUGACCUGGAGUGUUUAGGAAUGGAAUAUCCCUCAAACCUCAUAAGGGAUACGGCAAAAUACCCACCACUAAUGAAAACUAGCAAGCUGAGCAACUCACUUAAAUACCUAGCAAAAGAUUAUCUUGGGUAUGAUAUUCAAACUGGAAUACAAGACCCUUUUGAGGAUUCCGUAGCAACGAUGAGGCUCUAUAAGAGAAUGCGUAAUCUUAAUCACAAAGUCGAGGACGUUUCAACUACAACAGAUGCACAAAACCGUAACAGUAACAAUUUUGCAAGUUGGAGACAGAAUGAUCUCGAGAGAAUGACCCUGGAUCAGCUCUUGGCCAUUUCAACGUCUGAUUACCAUUGCUGGUGUUUGGAUUCCAAGUAA